AUGGCGCUUCCAUCCACUAUUCAGGCCGCACAGGCACAUCUCGGCGAGGGUCUCCCCACCUCGCUCAUCGCCGCCGCCUCGCAACAGCACCCCAAGCCCAUCAACCAGACCUUCACCUACGGCACCGCUGGUCUGCGUACCCGCGCCGACAUCCUCGACAGCACAUGUUUCCGUGUCGGUCUCAUCGGUGCGCUGCGCUCCAAGAAGCUCAAGGGCAAGACCAUCGGUCUCAUGGUCACUGCCAGCCACAACCCGGAGCAGGACAACGGUGUCAAGAUGGUCGAUCCUCGGGGUGAGAUGCUCGAAGCCACCUGGGAGCCUUUCUGCACGCAGGUCGCCAAUGCUUCCACCGACGAAGAGCUCAUCGCCUCGCUCGAGAAGAUCAUCUCGCAUUUCAAGAUCGACCUGUCUGCUCCUGCUUCUGUGAUCGUUGGCUACGACACGCGUCCCUCGUGUAAGCAGCUCGUCCAGGCCAUCAUCGACGGUCUCUCCGCCCUCGGCGCCCAUACCAUCGAUGCCGGUCUCAAGACCACCCCGCAGCUCCACUACCUCGUCAAGUGCAUCAACACCGAGGGCACCCCAGAGUCGUACGGCGAACCAUCCGAGCAGGGCUACUACAGGAAGCUCGCUGCCGCCUUCCUCAAGCUCGUCCCCGCCAGCUCGGACGUGCCACCUCUCGUCGUCGACUGCGCCAACGGUGUCGGUGCCUACGCCCUCACCAACCUCAUCAAAUACCUUCCCGAAGACCGCAUUGCCUUCCGCCCCAUGCGCACAUCCACCACUACCCCUGGCGCACUCAACAACAACUGCGGUGCCGACUACGUCAAGACCAACCAAUGCCUCCCCGCCGGCUUUGAGAAGGAGAACCUCCAACCUGGCGAACGCUUCUGCUCAUUCGACGGCGAUGCAGACCGAAUCGUCUACUACUACCUCACGGGACCCGCUAGCAGCAAAGACUCAUUCCGCCUGCUGGACGGGGACAAGAUCGCCUCUCUCGCUGCGGGCUACCUGUCCGAGCUCGUCACUGCCGCCGGGAUCGAGCUCGAGCUGGGAUGUGUUCAAACGGCGUAUGCCAACGGAAGCUCUACUAAGUAUUUGAAGCAGCGCGCGCCGGUGACGUGCACCCCUACGGGUGUGAAGCAUCUGCACCACGCCGCGGAGGCAUACGACAUCGGGGUUUACUUCGAAGCCAACGGUCACGGUACAGUGCUCUUCAGUCCAUCGGCGCAGAGGAAGAUCAAGGAGGCGACUCCGAACUCGCCUGCGGCACAAACGGCGUUGGAACAGCUGGGUGCGCUGGUGGACCUGAUCAACCAGACCGUAGGAGAUGCGCUGUCCGACAUGCUGUUGGUCGAGGUCAUCCUCCGAACACGCCAGUGGGGACCCGCCGAAUGGGACGGUGCCUACGAAGAUCUCCCCAACAAGAUCCUCAAAGUCAACGUCAAGGAUCGGUUCAUGUUCAAGACCGAAGACGCUGAGCGAAGGCUCACCAGCCCGCCCGGGUUGCAGGAGAGAAUUGAUGAGCUGGUGGGCAAGUACAAGGACGCCCGAAGCUUUGUGCGACCCAGUGGAACCGAGGACUGCGUUCGCGUCUAUGCCGAGUGCGCCAUUGCUAGCGAGCUCGCUCCGCUCGCCAACGGCGUGGCAAAACUCGUUUCCGACUACGCCGCACUUGGCUGA